AGAAAGAAAAAAAAUAUUUAUUUAUUUGUCUUCUCCAACAGUUUAAACCCUUAGAACGUUUAAACCCUUCACUUCUCCGCCAUCGUGUCCUUCCUCAUCCACCGGCUGAACAAAAUUCCCUGAACCGAAAAACCGACGAACGAAGCAAAUCAUUUGAACCGUUUCAAAGUCCAUGGAAGAAGAUCAUACGGAACCAUUCAAGGAUGGUUCGGACCUCUGCCAGCAGCUCAUGGACCGUUACGCCAACUCCUCCGCGCCGCAGCAUCGCCAUCUCAUCGCCACCGCCGCCGCCCUUCGCUCCAACCUCGCCGCCGAGUCCCUCCCCCUCACGCCGCCCGCCUACUUUGCCGCCGCCAUCUCUGCCCUCGACGCCGCAGAAGCACUGGACCCCGUGGCACUCUCCGCGCUCAUCUCCUUCAUGGUCAUCACCCUUCCCCUCGUGCCGCCCGGCGGCAUCGCGGCGCCAAAGUCGCGUGAGGCGGCGGAAAUAGUUGUAGCAGUGCUGGCGAGGGAGGGGGAAGGGUUGGGGGUUUCGAGCGUGAGGGCCUUAGUGAAGUGCUUGGGGGUUUUGAUUGGGUUUUGUGACUUGGAGGAUUGGGAUGGAAUCAAAUUAGGCUUUGAAACAUUGGUCAAGUUUUCCAUUGACAAGCGCCCAAAGGUACGCAGAUGCGCUCAAGAAUCUGUUGUGAAGGCUUUCAAGUCUAUCAAAUCCUCCACUGUUACCAAGGAAGCUAGCAAGUUGGUUUUGUCAGAGCUGAAAAGUUGCAGUGCUUUGGCGAUGAAAUUAAAUGCUUUAAGGACUGUUGAUGAGUGUAAAGAAGAUAAGGUUUUGAAACAUGAACACCUGGAGGUCCUACAUGUACUGAAUUUAAUUAAUCUGAUCGCUCCACAUCUUUCAGCAAAAGUUAUUCCUAAAGUUCUUUCAGAAGUGCAUAAAUUAUUUGGUUCUCAGUACUUGGAACUUACAAGGCAUGUUCUUAAAACUAUUGAAGCUAUUUUUGAAGCUUCAAAAGUCCGAAAUAUAGUCCUAGAGACAGAGGGCAUUGUAGUUUCUCUUGCUUCAUUAGUAUCUUUGGGAGAUAAUAAAUCCUUGGAUACUGUGAUUUUUGCUGCAACCUUAUUAAGAUUUGCAAUGGACUCACUUUAUACUGGACAAUCAAGCUUGUGGAUCAAGAAUCUUCCUCUAGUUUGUGAAUCUGUGAUGGGUCUUCUAACUUUUGAGGGAAACACUGCUUCCCAGACUUCAAGAAUUUUGAGUGAUGUGCUCAAGCAUCAUGUUGGUUCCCAAAGCUUAUUAAUUGGUACAGAUCAAAUAUCUCAUGAUAGUAUUCAGGAAAGUGUGGAAGGCAAUGCAAUAAAAUCGACAUGUGCAGUUUUUGAGAAUGCUCUUUCUGCUACUGAUGGAAUUCCAAAUGAGCAUGUUUUGUCUGUCAUAUCUGUUCUAUUUCUUGAGUUUGGAAAAUUUUCAUUUGUGUUCAUGAGGAAUAUUGUGCUUAAACUUGCUGACUUGAUUCAAAUACUUGGAGGCAAGGUUCAAAAUGAGCAUCUUCAGAAAUGCAUUGGGUCUGCUGUUUUUGCUAUGGGAGCAGAGAGAUUUCUUACACUUGUACCAAUAUCUCUUAAUGAAGACAGAUAUAAUUAUUCAAAUAUUUGGCUAGUACCAAUCUUGAAGCGCUAUGUUACGAGCGCAUCACUUGCUUACUACAUGGAGCAUAUCGUGCCUCUUGCCAAGUCCUUUAAGAAGGCUAGUCGUAAAGUCAAAAAGUCAGGGAUUAGUCAGGAUUUGCUGGCUCAUGCUCAUGAACUGUUGGGAUUGCUACCUAGCUUUUGUCGUCAUGCAACUGAUACUUACCAAAGUUUUACUCAUCUCUCUGAUGUCCUUGUUACUUUCCUUAAAAAGGACUCUUUCAUGCACGAAAAUGUUUCCAUGGCAUUACAGAUUCUUGUGAAUGAAAACAAAGCUGCCCUUAGCCCUAAAAAGAACAAGGAAGAUUGCCUUGCUGAAUAUGAAUUUUUGUUAGAGUUCAGUGCGCAACCUGCUUAUUCAAAGAAAGCUGCAGCCAAAAACAUAAAGUCUUUAGCAUCUUGUUCGAAUCAGUUGCUUAAUGUUUUAUCAGAUUUAUUUAUCAAUUCACUCCCUGAAAUGCGGUUUUAUUUAAAGGGAGCAAUUAGUUGCCUGGCUUCUAUUGCUGAUUCUUCUGUAACUACAGAUGUUUUUGUGUCUCUGCUUAAGAGGUUCCAAUUUGUAGAUUGCAAAGGGGAAGCUGAAAUAUUGACAAGUCACAGCGGAGUUUUAGAUAGUGAUCAAAGUGAUGUGAAGGGAUAUUCUCAGAGGUGCCUGAUAUUGGAAAUAGCAUCUUGUCUUGUGGAAGGAGCCAAGGAUAAUCUUGUUGAGAUUAUUUAUGCUUUAACUAUACAUUCAUUUGAGACAACUGAUGAGAGCGUUCAUCAUGAAGCAUACAACACACUGAGCAAAAUUUUGGAGGAGCACCCAUCCUUUUCUUCUCCUAGAUAUAUUGAGCUAAUUGAUAAAUUACUUGGUCUAAAACCUCCAACUUCUAUUCCAUCUCUUAGGAGUCGGUAUGCUUGUUUCUGCAUGUUGAUGGUACAAGCAGUGAAGAUUAGUUUAGAAGAGGAGGAACAGUCAAAGGCUUUUCUUAUUCUCAAUGAAAUCAUUCUCACGCUAAAAGAUGGAACUGAUGAAGCCAGGAAAGAAGCUUAUGAUUUACUCUUAAAUAUAAGCUCUAGCUUGAGAGAUUCAUCAUUUGAUGGUUCUAUUGAAUCAUAUCAAAAACUAGUAAGCAUGAUAAUGGGAUAUCUUUCUGGUUCGUCUCCCCAUAUAAAAAGUGGAGCAGUGUCUGCUCUGUCUGUAUUGGUAUACAAGGAUACAAAUCUUCUUGUCUCUGUUUCUGAUCUAGUUCCUUCCCUUUUAUCUUUGCUGCAAACCAAAGAUGUGGAAAUAAUAAAAGCUGUCUUGGGCUUUGUUAAAGUGAUGGUCUCUUGCUUACAAGCAAACGAGUUGCAGAAUAUUCUCUCCGAUAUUAUUACUGAAAUCCUUCCCUGGUCGUCUGUUUCAAGACACCAUUUUAGGUCAAAGGUCACUGUUAUACUCGAAAUAUUAUUACGGAAGUGUGGUUCUGCUGCGGUCAAACUGGUUAUCCCAGAGAAGUAUAAGGGUUUUCUCAAGACAGUUCUAGAGAAUCGGCAUGGUAAAUCCAGUGAAGCAGUCACUAAUGAUACAGAAAAUAUGCCUGAAGAUUCAUCUGCCAAGAGGCUAAAGUGGAGGAAGUCUGAAAGUUCAGAUACCCAAGAGAAAAAUUCUGUCAAACACAAAAAGAGAAAGAGGGACAAGAAAUUUGAGACAGACAUGCCUUUCAAAAAGGAACCCCGUAAGUCUACUAGCAAUGAUGGAUUCAGAUUGCCCAAGAGAAGUAAGCACUCUAAUGAUAAAAAUUCAAAUGUUGGAAGGUUAGAAGAAAAUAAAAAGGGUAUGAAAAGCCAGAACAAUAGAUUCACUGAAGUUGGUGGUAAGAGAAAGGUAAAACUGACAAGUAUGAAGGAUAAAACAGCUUCUUAUGCGUCUGUACGCCCUCCCAAGCCGCAGAAGCUAAAAAGGAAAUUCAAAAGAACUUGAUAUAUGAACUACACUCAAGCUCUUAAAACAUAUCCAAGAUAUAUAUCUCCCUGACCAUACAGGUGUUGAUAAUGUCAUUUAUCUGUAACUGCAUAUUCAAGAUGAGAGAUAGCAAGUAAAGGGCUAUAAGCGGGGAUUUUUGAAGUGUCUUCCCUGCUGAGCAAGCUCUAUAGAGAGGAAUUCGGCAGUGUUUUUCAAGCUUGAUGCUCGAAUCUCCUGCCUUACAAAAUGGAGAGCUGGUUACUGCAUGCAUAUUUUUUUGGCAAAGUUAAGAACCUGAUUAAAGUUGUUGUAAUGGAUUAUUGGCCCUGGUUGAUUAUGUAAAUAGGUAUGUUUUGCCAUCGGCAGAAUUUUUCCCCAACUGCUAGAUUUUGCAAGUCUUGACUGAUGGUUACCGAGUUAAUUCUUCAGUAUUGUUUGUAAUUUUUUU